AUGGCGUUCCUCAGGCGCUUCGCGAAGAAAUCGCUGAAGGUCGGCGUCGUGGGCGGCGGCCUGGUGGGCGGCGGUGUGCUGGCCAACACGGCCAUCAACGACGACCUCGACGACAUCUCCUACGCCGUCAAGAGGAGGUUCUACAAGGCUGCCAAGAAGGACGCUCCCAAGAAGAAGGUCGUGGUUCUCGGGUCUGGAUGGGGAGCCCUCUCUUUCGCGCGGAAGCUGGACGCGGACGAGUACCACGUCACAGUGGUAUCUCCGCGGCCGUUUUUCUUCUACACGCCGCUGCUGGUGGGCAGCACGACGGGCGUGGUCUCCCCCGGCGCCAUCAUCGAGCCGAUCCGUGACACCGCGCCGGGGUGCGAGUUCCUCCGCACGGAGUGCAAGGACGUCGACCUGGAGAACAGGAAAGUGAUCUGUGACGGUGCGGUGACUCUGGACUACGACCACCUCCUCAUCGCCGUCGGAGCGCAGCCGAACACGUUCGGCAUCCCUGGCGUGGAAAAGUACGGGAAGUUCCUCAAGGAGAUCGAGCACGGCCGCCAUGUGCGGAAGGAGAUGCUGGACAUCAUUGACAAGGCGGACCUGGCCCUGGCCGCCGGGGACCUCGAGAAGACGAAGCAGCUCCUGAACUUCGUGGUGGUGGGCGGGGGCCCGACUGGCGUCGAGUUCUGCGGGGAGCUGUCGGACUUCAUCAAGCAGGAUCUCGCCAAGCGGCACCCGAAGAUCGCCGAGUACAUGAAGGUGACGCUGGUCGAGGCGCUGCCCGGGCUGCUGACCAUGUUCCACAAGACCGUCGGGGGGUACGUCCAGGAGCACCUCGCCAACCAGGGCGUCGACAUCAAGCUCAGCGCGAUGGUCAAAGAGGUGGACGAGAAGCACGUGUCCCUGAAGGUGAAGGAUGGUUCCAUCCAGAAGAUGGACUACGGCCUGCUCGUGUGGGUCGCUGGCGUGGGCAUGCGGCCCUUCACCCGGUCCAUGUGCGAGAAGAUCGGCAAGGAGAACGGGCAGACCGACCGGCGCGGGCUGCUCGUCGACGAGUGCCUCCGCGUCAAGGGCACGAGGCCCGGCGAGGUCUUCGCGAUCGGCGACUGCGCCGUGAGCGGCAAGCCGCCGACGGCCCAGGUGGCGUACCAGCAGGGCAAGUACCUGGGCCGCCUCUUCCGCCUCGGCCAGCAGCACCUGAUUCCCGACCCGGAGGCGCCCAAGUUCGAGUACAACCACCAGGGGACCAUGGCGUACAUCGGCCAGGGCGAGGCGGCCACGGAACUCAACCCGAACGGCCUCAUCAAGCUGGGGCGGUCGUCCGUCACCGACCACUUCUGGUGGCGGUCCCUCUACGGGGAGUGCGACCAGCUGCGGAUCAUGGGCCCCAUGGGCUUCGCCAUUUGGCGCUCCGUGUACUUCAGCAAGCUGGUUUCGGUGAGGAACCGUUGGUCCGUCGCGAGCGACUGGAUGCGCACGUCGUUCUUCGGGCGGCCGGCCUGCUCGUCUGCGCAGGGCACCGCUGAGGCCUGCGCAUAG